AUGGGAAAGUUCUCUGCCGCCUGCGCUGCCCAAUUCUCCCUCGAAGGGAAGACCGCCCUCGUCACCGGUGGCUCUCGAGGUAUCGGCGCUGCCAUCGCUAUCGGCCUCGCUGAAGCGGGUGCUGAUAUCAUCCUUCUUCUCAGAGACCUCUCGUCAACUGCUACAAAGUCGGCCAUCGAAGCUCUGGGAUCCACCUGCACAACCGUCAAAUGCGACCUCUCGAACCCCACAGAAGUCAAAGCUAUCGUCAAACACAUAACCACCGACCUCUCGCUCGACAUUGACAUUCUCGUCAACUGCGGCGGCAUACAGCGCCGUCAUCCCGCCGAACAAUUCCCGGACUCGGACUGGGACGAGGUCCUACAAGUCAACCUCACCACAUGCUGGACCCUUGCUCGCGAUGUCGGUGCUUACUUUCUUGCGACAAAGGACAAACGCGCCCCGGACGCUCGAUGCAAAAUCAUCAACAUCGCUUCCCUUGUCUCCUUCCAGGGCGGCCUCACCGUGCCCGCCUACGCCGCCGCAAAACACGGUAUCCUCGGCAUGACCAAAGCUCUCUCAAACGACUGGGUCGGCAAGGGCAUCAACGUCAACGCUGUUGCUCCCGGAUACAUCGCGACUGAGAUGAACUCCGCCUUGAUUGCUAACGAAACGAGAUCAAGACAGAUCAUGGAGCGUAUCCCGCAGGGAAGAUGGGGCAAGCCUGAGGAUUUCAAAGCGCCGGUCGUAUUCUUGGCUGGUGCGGGGAGCGAGUAUGUUAGUGGUACAUGCGUUACCGUCGAUGGCGGCUGGAUGGCCAGAUAA